AAUAGAACAUUUAUUCAGAAUUCACCCAAAAAACUAAUUGGCGUUUGGUUAACUUAACCUCAAUCUUUUAAGUCACGUUAAGACAAAGAUUUCUUUAUUAAAUUCUUAUAUCUAAAUAUUCUAAAUUUGUAAGAAAAAUGGUUGACACCGUAGAAGUAAUGAAACAAACUAUUGCACAUAUGCUCAAAGGCAUAGAAAGGUAUAAUCCUGAAAACUUGGAAACUUUGGAAGCAUAUGUAGAAAUACAAGCACGAGAAAACGCUUAUGAUUUGGAAGCAAAUUUGGCAGUAUUAAAAUUGUACCAGUUUAAUCCUCAUAAAUUUAACUUGAAAAUAACUAUUCAAAUUUUAUUGAAAGCAUUAACUAAUUUUCCACAUACUGAUUUUAUUCUUUGCAAAUGUCUACUAAAUGAAAAACAGUUGGCUCAAGAACCUAUAAAUCAAAUAAUGUAUUUGGGACAUAUUUUGGAACAAUGCGAAUUCCAAUUGUUUUGGACCCGUGUACAUUCAAUGCCAGAACUUUAUUCACAAAUUACGGGUUUUUUGGAUUCAAUACGUAAAUUUGUGUGUCAUGUUGUUGGAAUUACUUAUCAAACAGUAGAUCGUGUACAUUUAACACAAUUGUUGGGUGAUGUCGAUGAUUUGACUCUUAAACAUUGGGUGAAUAAAUAUGGUUGGAAAGAAGAAAAUGGAUUGAUCUUCAUUGCUAAUCAAGAUGAAAUAAUUAAAACGAAGAACAUCAGUGAAAAAAUAGAUUUUGACAGUGUAGCGGCUAUUAUGGGCUCCUGUUUGUAGAAUAAUAGUCAUUUAAUAAAACUUUUUUGUAACUGAA